UAUCCGACAGAGUAUCUCAAGACCAGCCAACAACUACAGACCAAAAAGACCAACCCGCUGCACCUCCUGCUCAGCACCAUCCGCCACCAUGGCCUCGGCCACCUCUACACCGGCAGCAUGGCCUUCUGCGUCUCAAACGCCUCCAAGUCCGGCGUGCGAUUCUUCGCCUUCGACACCGCGCGCAAGUAUAUGCCCGUCGACGCGCAGGGCAAGGUGACCUCUCUCGGCAAUCUCGGCGCCGGCAUGAUCGCCGGCGUCGCCGAGAGUGUCGCCGUCGUCACGCCGGGCGAGACCCUCAAGACCAAGAUCAUUGACGACCGCGCGGGGGCACGGCAAUAUCGUUCGGCCAUCCAUGCCAUCCGCACAAUCGCUGCGACCGAGGGCGUCGCGGGGCUCUAUCGCGGUGUCGUCCCCGUCACGAUGAAGCAGUCGGCGAACGCGAUGGUACGGUUCACCAGCUACAACUUCCUGUUUGGCCAGUUCCGCGCCUGGCAGCUGCCCUCGUCGCUGAGCACGGCGGGGGCCGGAGCGUUGGCCGGCGUGGUCACGGUGUACAUGACGAUGCCGUUCGAUGCGAUCAAGACGCGUUUGCAGGCGAUUGGGGGCUUGGAACGCUACAAAGGGACGCUGGACUGUGUGCAGUCGGUCAUCCGUCAGGAGGGCAUCACCUCGCUGUGGCGGGGGACGACGCCUCGUCUGGCUCGGUUGAGUAUAUCCGGUGCGGUGAGUUUCACCAUCUAUGAAAAGGUCAUCGAGCAAACGGUUAAGUGGAAGAGCGUGGAGGUCCAGUCAGCAAGGAACCAAGUAAUCUGA